UAUGCUAUUGUACCUGUAUUGUCUGUCCCUGGUACCGGUAUAACUGAACCUAAAUCAAUAUACUAUUACAACUUGACCGAGUGUCUAAUUUGUCAUAUGUAAAUGGUAAAUUCCACUGGUUUUCAAUACUUAACAUCCCUUUGCUGAUUAUUUUUAAUUAGAAGCUUCGUAAUUUGAGGAUUUUGGUUCACCAAUUUAGACAUGAUUCUGAAGAAAGAACUUACGUACGUGGGUGCCAGGAUCCGGGGUGCUUUUCUCAUGACGUCACAUACGAUCAAACUUGGGAACAAAUUCGAUCUGUCAUGUGGACAUCAAGGUCCUGUCAACAAUAUCUGUCGUACGAAUGUCUUGGAUCAAUGCUGUUUUCAUACAAUGAUUAUGCGUGGUGGGUAUCAAGAGAUGGCGAAGAACAACAUUACUGGGCUGGGGCUGAUCCGGGGAGUAAUAUGUGUGCAUGUGGAAAAAAUGGAACAUGUGAUGGAAAAUCUACAACUUGUAAUUGCGAUAACAAUGAUCUGGUCUGGAGACAAGAUGACGGGUAUCUAACUUCCAAAGAUACUUUACCGGUUUCGCAGCUGUUUUUCGGAGAUGUCCUAGGAGUUGAAGAAAGGGGAUAUUUCACGCUUGGAAAACUGGAGUGUAAAGGAGAAGUUAGUACGAAAGAUUGUUCUGGCUUGAAAGCGGACGGAAAUCCAUCUGGAGAUUACACGAUUGCACCAGGAGCUGAUGUUCAACCGUUUCUGGUCUAUUGUGAUAUGGAUUCCUACCCUGGCACAGGUAUUACUGUAGUACACCACGACGCGGAAGAUCAAAGUUCUCAACUAAGUUAUUAUUCUGAGAACGAUAUCGCAGUGAAUUACACCGCAACAAUGGAUCAAAUUAGUGCUCUAAUAAACGGAUCCGAGCAUUGCGAACAAUACAUCGAGGUUAAUUUUAUUUUUAGAUCACACCAUCUGUUUAAAAUAUGA